CCGCCUCUUCCUCAUUCUCCAGCACACCGACCGUCAUGGCGCUGGUGAGGAACGUCUACAACUUGCUGUUUAGAAGAACAUCGACUUUCGCCAUCACCAUCAUGGUGGGAGCCGUUUUCUUCGAGCGAGUUUUCGACCAGGGCGGAGAUGCGUUAUUUGACAAUUUAAAUCGGGGGAAACUGUGGAAACAUAUUAAACACAACUAUGAGAAGGAGGAGUGAGCAGAGCGUCACCUAACAUCGUCUCUUGAUGGAGCACCCAGCCGCUGCCGCCACCACCACUACUGUCCCCAUGGUUCCUGAGGAAAAGAACAUGGCUUUGGGAUCCAGAGAGACUUUUUUGUGGUGAUCAUGCAAUACUGAGAACCAUCAACUUCCUCCUCAAUAUUCCAUCAUGUAUCUUGCAAUCCUCACAUUUUGUAAAUGUACGCUUAAAUUAAGUCUGUGUUAAUAAAUCUGACCGAACUCUA